AUGGAGGCCUUAGGAGGGGCAAGAACCAUUCGGAUGAGCGAGAUGCUUGUGUACCUGUCUCUUCUGGGUGACUUCGAGGACGAUAUCAACGAUAGCGAUGUGGCCUACAACGCAGCUCUGUUUGUCGUCUCCCAUCCCGGAAUUUUCGAAUACAGGACUCGAAAGAUGGUUCGCGAUGCGUACGAGGAGCGGUUUGAUGGAUGUGGAUGGCAAUUGGUGAUAUAA